GUCAUCUUGACAUUCCCAUUCCGCUCACGUUCACGCACACGCUCGCUCGAUCUGAUGAGCAUCCCGGCCCCCGACUUCGACUCCGCGGCGCUGUCGCUCCCGCUGCCCCAUCCCGAGGCGUACGCGGGCGAGCCGCGCGAGUAUGCGCGCGCGCUGAUGCAGCGCAAAGAGGAGAUCGAGAAGGAGAUUGACAGGCUCAAGGACGUGCUGGCUACGCAUGGCGCGUCGGCGGACACGGCGCUCGUAGACCCCGAAGGGUAUCCGCGCGGGGACAUUGAUAUUUACUCGAUUCGGCAUGCGCGUGCCGCCCUCGUCCGGCUCUACAAUGAUCGCGCGGAGGUGAUGCGCCGCCUGGCGAGCGCGCUCGAGUCGGCGUUCGAGGUCGACCCCAACGCCCCGGCCCCCGCUCCUUCCCGCCCGCCGCCGAACGCGUCAGCGAACACGAACGCGAACGGAUACCGCGAGGGAGGCGGCAUCCCCGACGCAUGGCCCGCCGCGCCCAUUGCGCGCGUCAACAGCGUUGCCGCUACCAGCCCCGCUGCUGAUGCUGGCCUGGAAGCGGGCGACAUCAUCUACUCGUUCUCGGGCAUCACCGCGCCUGCCGGCAUCCAAGCCAUCGGGGCUGUUGUGCAGCGUUCUGAAGGCCAAUCCCUCACUCUCCUCGUGCUCCGCGGCGCCGAGCGCAAGAUGCUCCGCCUCACGCCGCGCACAUGGAGCGGGCGCGGCCUGCUCGGCUGCCACAUCCUCCCAGCCUAACUCUCCAUACCUCAGACCUCUGUACAUCGUUCAUGCGCAUAUGCAUGUUAAUCUAUCUUAGACGAGGCGCUUCCCGCUGUCGGCCGGCUUGGCCACAGGCUUGGCCUCGGCGACGACG